GGAGGAAAAGCAGUCUCUGUUGCACCAUGGAGAUUCACCUGUUUGUGCUCUCUGUAUGAUACAUGCUAAACGUGGCAUGUUGUUUCGUACAUGGAAUGUUCUCUUCGUUGUGUUAUAGUGAGAGCAAAAUCAGUAUUCAUCAGUACAAAGGAGGAGUUGUAUAAAAAUGCGGAACAGUUUGACUUUGCAAUGCCUUCUCUUGCUGUCAUGGCUGCGAAGAAGGAAGCAAAAAUUGAACUCUCCACUGCCCCUUUUGAUCCACGAUUCCCAAAUCAGAAUCAGACAAGGUACUGCUGGCAGAGCUAUGUUGACUAUCACCGCUGCCGAAAGUUGAAGGGAGAAGGUUAUGAACCAUGUGAAUAUUUCCGCAAAUGCUAUGAAAGUCUUUGCCCUUUUGCCUGGGUUGAAAAGUGGGACACUCAGCGAGAAGAAAACAGAUUCCCAGGGAAAAUUUAAAGUUGUGUCACUCAUGUUAUACUUGCAAAUGUGACUUAAAACUAUAUAGUUGGGACAAGUUUAGUUAAUAGGUGGUGGUUGUGCCAUCAAAGUAGUGAUUUCAAAGGUAAAGAUUAUUUGAAAUUUUUAUUUGUUGCGCAUUAUAUGAUAGAUGUAUUCUACAUCUUACUCAUCUGCGGUGACCAUUUAAGAAAUUUUUUUUUCUUCAUUAAUACAAUUUUCAGUCUCAGAUGUGUAAAUUGUUGUAUAAAUGUAUACCCACUGAAGUCUGCAAUUAAAUUGUCCAAAAAGUAUGA